AUGUUGUCCCCCGCUCUGCUCAAGAGCUCGACGCGGAUUGGCGGGUUGCGACUCGCUACGGCGCGCUCGACGCUGCCGGCCAUGCAGACGCUACACCAGACGCAGACCCGCCCGUUCGUGGCCAAGCAGCUGUACAAGUUGGCCAAGCGCGUGAUGCCACGCAUGUCAGACACGGAGAAGGCGGCGCUCGAGAGCGGCACAGUGGGCUUUGACCGCGACAUCUUUUCGGGCUCGCCGUCCCUUGCGACGCUGGACAAGUACUCGGCACAACUGAGUGCAGAAGAGCAGGCGUUUAUGGACACGGAAGUGCAGCAGCUGUGCGAGAUGAUUGACGACUACGACGUCACGUGUAGUCAGGACAUGCCUCUGGAUGUGUGGCAGUUUAUCAAGGAGAAGGGGUUUCUGGGGAUGAUCAUCCCCAAGGAGUACGGUGGCAAGCAGUUCAGUGCGCAUGGGCACUCGGUCGUGAUUACCAAGAUUGCUACCCGUAGUGCUGCUGCUGCCGUCACCGUGUGCGUGCCCAACUCGUUAGGUCCCGCAGAGCUGCUUCUUCGUUACGGAACGGAUGAGCAGAAGGAGUACUUUCUGUCUGGCUUAGCCAGAGGUAAACACUUGCCAUGCUUUGGUCUCACAGGGCCAUCGUCGGGUUCGGAUGCUGCUAACAUGCGCGACACGGGCGUCGUAUGCGAGCAAGACGGCGUGCUGGGCAUCCGUGCGACGUUUCGCAAGCGUUACAUUACUCUAGCUCCUGUUGCUACGUGUGUUGGUCUAGCUGUGGAUGUGAAGGACCCGCAGGGAUUGUUGAAAGGCACUGGACACCCGGGUAUUACAGUGGCGCUUCUCGAGCGCAACCACUCUGGUCUCCAGAUGGGCAGGCGUCACGAUACUAUUUCGAUCCCGUUUAUGAAUGGACCUGUGACUGGCGAGGACGUGUUUAUCCCAAUGUCGAAGGUAAUUGGCGGACAGACGCGUGUUGGCUAUGGCUGGAACAUGCUAAUGGAUUGCCUCGCUGAGGGCCGUUCGAUCAGUCUGCCCUCGUCGGCGGUUGCCGGAAGCAAGUUGUCGGUCAACGCAGUUGGUGCCUACGCACGGAUCCGUAAGCAAUUUAAGGUACCCCUUGCCAGUCUGGAAGGCGUUCAGGAACAACUUGCUACAAUGGGCAGCAACGCUUUCAUCAUGACAAGUGGCCAGCAUAUGGUGAACGCAAUGAUUAACCAACACGAACAGCCCGCUGUUAUCAGUGGCGUGUGCAAGCAACAGAUUACCGACCGUGGUCGUGACACGGUCAUUCGUGCAAUGGACGUCCUUGGUGGCGCCGGCAUCUGCAAGGGUCCCAACAACUUCCUCGCAAACUUUUACACUGCUCUGCCUGUGGUAAUUACGGUAGAGGGUGCCAACAUUUUGACGCGUUCGCUGAUCAUCUUUGGCCAGGGUCUGACGCGUGCUCACCCUCAUCUGUACGAGCUUAUCAAGACUAUUCAGCACGGCGAUGAUCUGGGAGGGUUUAAGAAAGAGUUGAUUAAGUUGGUGCAGCAUGGAGUGACGAAUACGACCGGCUCAUUGAAGACGGCAGUCACACGCUCGCGCUUCAAGAGACAGGGUCAUCUGCUCGCUCACUACGAAUCUCAGAUGGACAAGCUUGCGAAGAACUUCGCUGCAUGCGCGGAUCUGUCGUUAGUGCUUGGCGGUAAGCUGAAGUUUACCGAGAUGAUUUCUGGCCGUUUUGCAGAUGUGUUCUCGAGUCUCUACUUGGGAUACUCGACGAUGUGGUUUUACAAAAAUAACCGCGACAUUGAGGGCAUCGACGUGAUUUUUGACUACGCGAUGACGCAGCUGUGCUACGAAGCACAACAGGGUAUUGUUGGAAUCAGCAAGAACUUUCCUGUUCCAGGCAUCGGCCCUAUCAUGCGUAGGGUGUCGUUCCCAUUCGGUUUGCCGUACGACUCUCCGACCGACCAGCAGAUGCGGCAGGUUUCAGAGCUGAUCUCCACUGAUUCGGGUGUGCGCAGCUUGUUGAGUGACAACGUUUUUGUAUCGGAGGACCCUGAAGACCGUGUGGCACUUCUGAACGCGACGCUACCGAAAGCCGUGAAAGCAGACCGAACGCUUACAGCUUUGCGCAAGCAGAAGCGCAAUGCUACCAUUGACGAGCAGAAGUUCAUUGACGAAGUCGAGGCCGCGCGCGAGGUCAUUAUCCAGGUGGACGAUUUUGAUCGCCUUGGCUCUGAAGUCGGUAAGCCAAACGACUACGUUCGCCCCGGCAUGGUCGGCAACGUCUUUGAUAAGAAGGAUUGA